GCGGCGGCGGAGCGGGCCGGAGGGGCGCGGCGGGGUCAGGGCUACGCGGUCGAAGCUCUCGCAAACUUGGGCGCGCACUCGGCGCCACUGCGCCCGCAGCCAGAAAAAUGAAGAUGGUCGCGCCCUGGACGCGGUUCUACUCCAACAGCUGCUGCCUGUGCUGCCAUGUCCGCACCGGCACCAUCCUGCUCGGCGUCUGGUACCUGAUCAUCAAUGCCGUGGUCCUGCUGAUUUUACUGAGCGCGCUGGCUGACCCUGACCAGUACCACUUCUCGGGUUCUGAGCUAGGAGGCGACAUCGAGUUCAUGGAUGAUGCCAAUAUGUGCAUUGCUAUCGCAAUUUCUCUUCUCAUGAUCCUGAUAUGUGCAAUGGCCACUUACGGUGCAUACAAGCAACACGCUGCCUGGCUCAUCCCGUUCUUCUGUUACCAGAUCUUCGAUUUUGCCCUGAACACCUUGGUUGCAGUCACUGUGCUCGUCUAUCCCAACUCCAUUCAGGAAUACAUACGACAGCUGCCUCCUAAUUUCCCCUACAGAGAGGAUAUCAUGGCAGUGAACCCUACCUGUUUGGUUCUUAUUAUUCUUCUGUUUAUCAGCAUUAUCUUGACUUUCAAGGGUUACUUGAUUAGCUGCGUUUGGAACUGCUACCGAUACAUCAACAGCAGGAAUGCCUCUGAUGUCCUGGUUUAUGUCACCAGCAAUGACACUACGGUGCUGUUACCCCCGUACGACGAUGCCACUGUGAACGGCGCUGCUAAGGAGCCGCCGCCACCUUACGUGUCUGCCUAGGCCUGGGAGGGGGCGGCAGAGCCGAGAGCAGCAGCCCGACGUCCCGGCCAUCGGAGCGGGAGUUCUGCAGUCCCGCUGCCGAUUCGAGCUCUCCACGUUGACUUGUUGCUGAAAUGCUACAUUUUAAGAUUGAGAUAUUAGGUUGAAAUCCUCUGUAGUUUCACACAUUUGCUUGAGCUAGAACACUGUGAUAGGUUAGCUGUAGAGUUCUUGCUGUAGGGGUGGCAAUGUAAUGGGCCCCGUUAGUCUUCCCUGAGCCUUGAAGCUGCCCCCAACUCUGGAUGGCCCUUGAAUCGAGGACUCUAGUUUUAAAACCCUUGGGGGCAAUGAUUCGUCGUACUUUUUCUCUCUGUUCCCUCUAUCUGUUUGGAAAGUAUAAAAUAAAAUCGAAAUGACACAAUACUUCACUUAAACCAUCCAGUGUGUGGAACAACCCUUAUGAAAACAGGCAUGUUGACUGUGCAACCAUUGCUCUAAGUAGGAGUACACACACGCCGAGAGUUCCGCUACAAUACUUUAUGGUUUAAAUUCAGUGACCUCUUGAAUUUGCUGGCUCUGGGUUUUCUUGGUGGACUACACUGAGGCUGUUAGAUAAUGCCAGGCAGCAGAGGUCAGUCAUUCCAUGCUCGGGGUGGAACUGUGUAUCUAGCACUAAAUGGGAGUUGGUCCUCCCCCCACCCCCUUAUACUCAGUGUUCUACCCUAGCCUAACCCAAAGAGAAUAUCCGCUUGCCUUGUCAAGGAAGAGGACUGUGUAUUUGCCUAAUAUUAUGGAUGAGGGGUCUUCCUUCUUCUUCCCCCACUAGUGAUUAUCCUGCUAUGCCUCACUCAGCAUCUUGGAAAACAUCGAUCUUCAGGAAAGCGAGGGGGGGGUUGUACUCCCUGUGGAAGGCCCUAUCUCUGCUACCUGCAUCGCAAAGGAACUUUAUAUUUCCUCUGUUCCAAGUCGCCACCUUUCCUGUUGUUCAUGAUGUUGCUGUAAAUGAAAGCUUUUGCAAUUAAAGUGAAAUUUGCCCGUA